GUGGACUGUGUUGGUUGGUGAAGUACACCUCACCCAUUCUUUCUCCCUCUCCUAAUGGGCAUGUUGCUUGCAAUACGAAAUUGCAACACGAAACAAACACGUACCAGGUACUAUAUACGGCCUGUCUACCCUACUGCACCGCCAUCAUUGGUCUCGGGUGACCUUAGGUGACCUCACCUUGCCUUUGCAGCGUACGCCGAACCGAAGGCGCCGGAGGUUGCUUUGCUGGGCUGGGAACCUCUUUGGCGCGGCGCUGGGAUCCAACCCAAUGGAGACGGAGACAAGAGAGCAGGAGUAGGGAGGGAUACAGUACGGAGAGAGAGAGAGAGAGAGAGAGAGGCACCAGGCAAGAUUGGGAAGGCAUGAAAAGAUCGUCGUCGUCGAAUGUCGAACUGGCGAACGCCGAUGAGCCAAACCCCUCCCGGUGCUGCAAAACCUAGGUCGUCGUUACCUUUAUCUCAAUUGCAUGCGAUAUCAAGAUCGCUGGACAGUUUAACCAUCCAUGCCCCUUUUUAUUCAAAUUUUUUAUUGAUUCCAAUUCUGCCAUCAACCUCGUUCUUGGGCUUCGAAUAAUCCAUUUUCCUUCCAAUCGCUCCAAUCAGACCUCAACAAAAAUAUCCUACCCCUCGUCGAUAAGGAAUUAGCCCCCGUCCCUCUUAUUUUUUGUCUACGCAGGAUUCUCUUGUUCUCAUUAUUCAAUUCUCACCUACCUACUUUGGGACGUAAUACAAGCACUUUUGUCUGACCGAAGCGGGCAGCGACCUGCGGGCGAACCGUUGUCACCCUGACUUGACUCUGUAGGUAGGUACCUUCAAGUAGGUACCUCUGAGUAGGUAGGUACCUAGAUAGGUAGGUAGGUAAUGUAGACCGAACAGCCGAGUCUUGAUCUCAACGCAACGCAACAGCAACGCAACGCUCGAGUACCCAUACGGCCUGUGUUUCGGGACUUAUCACCGCGAACAACAGACGAUUUGUCUCUUUUACUACCCCGUACUCUCACUUUCUUCACUAGCAACUUCAAGUUCCUUCCCUCUCUCUCUGGAGUGAGAUCCCCUCGCCCCCGGAAAGCUGCGCACGGCGAAGUCCUGGGCGAGAUGUCCAAGAAAAGCCCAGCAAUACCUGGACCGACAAAAACCACCCACGCCCCGCCGCUGGUGGCUGUAAACCCGUUUUUUCCCCCUCCAUAAACCCGUUGCAAACCGACCCAAGCUGUCCGUGUCUAUCCAUCCAUUCGCAAAAUAAUCCCAGAGUCGUACCGUGCCAUCCCUCACCCCACGAUUGCAGCGCCGCGACUGCUCGGCCCAUCAUGGCCCAACACGCCGUGCCGCCCGCGUCCAACUUGAGCCCGACGUCCUCCGACACCCCCUCGGCCGCCGUCGCCGCCUCGGCUCAGUCGCAGUCACAGUCUGGCCCACCCGGUGCGCCCCAGCAUAAACGCGUCUACCAGGCCUGCAUCCCGUGUCGCCGGAGAAAGGUCCGUUGCGACCUGGGCAGCGUCGACAACCCCCACGACCCGCCCUGUGUGCGAUGUCGCCGCGAGAGCAAGGAGUGCUUCUUCAGCGCCACCCGGCGCAAGCGCAAGGCCGAGGACGGCGAGGAUGCCGACCCCGAAGACGUCGACGACUACAUCGUUCGCAAUGGCCGUAAGCGCCUCCAGGUCAGCGGCAGCCCGCCCGUCGUCAUCGACCGCCGACUCUACAGCGAAGUGCCCCUGACUCCGGGAGGUUCCAUCGGCCGGAACCAGCCUCUGCGCCGCCCCAACGACACCGGCACCUCCGUCGGCGGCACCCCGAGCACCACGAGCCAGCCCGACAGUCGCCCGCGCGCCGACUACGCCAUCGACGACGAGCCCAAUGCCCGCGUCGAGAACCGCGAGGCCCAGGACCUCAUGCGGCCCGGCGUCUACGGACCCCACGAUGCGUUGGACCUGCUUUACAAGGCGGCCACCGAUAGGUCAGUCCAGCUCCGCCAUGCCCAGGACGCAGCUGCUUACCACCUCUCGGCCUACAGCCCUGCGACCACCAACACCCACAAGCGUCACGAGAGUGUUGCUUCCAUACCCGCCAUUCCCCGGCAGCCCCUCAUCGUCACACCUGGCGCCACCAUGAAGCCCAUCGCCGAUGCCCGUCCGCCCAUACCGGUCAAACUCGAAACGCAGCCCAUCGACCCGGAGCUGACGAGGCGUGACCUGUCUGGCGAGCCUGGCUACCAGGACGCCAUCAAGGCCUGGGGAAGGUUCAGGUUCGUCAGAGCUGGCUGGUUCACUGCGCAGGAGGCUAUUGAGUAUAUCGACUACUACUACGAAUAUCUGUCUCCGCUUACACCAAUCUCACCCCCGACCUUCCGUAACCCUGCAUCGCACAUCACCCUGUUGACGGAGGAGCCCAUCCUUACCAUCACUCUUCUCACCAUCUCAUCGAGAUAUCGCAAGAUUCCCGGGACCGGUGGCCACUGCAGGUCCCACGCCAUCCACGAACAACUCUGGACAUACCUUCGCGGCAUGAUUGAGAGAUGCCUGUGGGGCCAAGAGGCCUUUGGGGGCGGUUUCGCCGCCAUGGCCGGAGCGUCGUCUCUUCCUGACGACCAGACGAGUAGCACGGCGCCCUGGCGCGGAAUGAGGAAAGGCAGUCUGCGGACGCUGGGGACCAUCGAGUCCUUGAUGAUUCUCACAGAGUGGCACCCUCGUGCCCUUCACUUCCCGCCAGCCGAGGCCAUCGAUGAGCUCAUGCUCCCUUCGUAUGAAGGCAGCGACCUGAUCAGCACUGACGAGAACGGCAACCAACGACCGCCCGCCAACAUUGGCGGCAAGAGGCUCGACAGUUGGCUCGAGCCUGCUUGGAGGAGUGACAGGAUGUGCUGGAUGCUGCUCAGCACCGCCAUGGGCCUCGCGUACGAGCUUGGCGUAUUUGACGACAUUGAUGAGAUGCUGCGCGACGGUGCCAUCUCGCGCCCAGAGUACGAGGAAGAGGUGUAUCGCCAACGGGCGUACCGCAUCAAGCGCCUGUUGCUGAUCUACCUGACCCAGCUGGCCGGUCGCCUCGGAUGGACGAGCAUGGUGCCCGAGACCCUUCGCAAGAGUGACCCGGCCGUGACCCGUCGCCGGCCAACAUCGACCGAAGGCACGACGCCAGGCACCAACCCGUCGUCCAUGUCCAAUGCCUUCAACUAUAUUCCCGACCUCGAGCUGGACGACCAAAUAAUACACUGCUGGGCCGGGAUCAGCAACGCCAUGCACAUUGGAAACGAGAAGCUGUUCAGGUCGCGCAAGCACACCACCGACAUCAUCCAGAGCGGCAAAUACACGGAGAUGCUGAAGGAUUUCCAGCCGUUGCUUCAGGACUGGUGGAAGGAGUUUGAGCGCUACAGGCUGCCCCCUUACAUCAGACACAUACUCACCAUCGAGUACGAGUACGUGCGCAUCUACGUCAACUCAUUAUCACUGCAAGCCGUUGUCGAGCGGUGCACCAACAACGCCGGCCACACCGCCCAUGCGGGCCAUGGCGCCCACGGCAACCACAAUGCCGGGAGCGCAGCGCAGCUAUCACCCCAAACCCAAAACUACUUUGGUAAGCUGCCCCUCGGCCAGCUGGGUGGCUUUGGCGCAAGCGAUCAAGAGUACAUCAAGGAGGUCAUCAGCGGCUGCCGGAACCUGCUCCGUACCGUCGUGGAGGGCCUCCUUCCGGGCGACUACCUCAAGCACGCACCCGUGCGGACCUACUUCCGCAUCAUCAGCGGAGCCAUGUUCCUUCUCAAGACGUUCGCCCUGGGUGCCCCGCGGUCGGACGUCAAGCUCAGCAUUGACUUGAUGGACGAGACGGUCAAGGCCCUCCGCAACUGCAUCGUCGAUGAUGUUCACUUGGGCAUUCGUUUCGCUGACCUGCUGGAUUCCCUGACCAGCCGACUUCGCAACCGCUUCAUCCAGGCCCCCGCUCUGGGCCAGGUUGGUUCUGCGGAUGGAAGGAGUCCAGACCCGCAUGCCGCUGUCAAUGGUGCUUCUGUUGCCGCCCACAGCCAACAAGCCAACGGCGGCGACGGCCAGGCCUGGAACAACCACGCCACGAAGCUGCGGGAUGGGCUCAAUGCACACGAAGAUCCCACCAACAUUUCCGCAACGCCAUUCGAUCUAAGCACGGGCACUUUCCCCUACCCGUCAGGGACGGCCUCGGUCCUGGGACCCUCCACGCCAGCGGCACUGCCUGAGAACGGCGGCGUCGGUGGAAACGGUAACGGCAACGGUAACAACGCCUCGUCCUCGACGACGGGCAUGGACGGCCUCUUCGACUCGACGGACUGGAACAACCCGGGCAACGAGAUGUGGUAUCUACCGCCCGGCCCGGCCUUUUUCCAGAACAUGGAUAACACGGCCGUCGCCAUGACCGCCGAGGGCGUCAAUGUCGGUGGCCUCGAUCUGCUGGAAUACAUGGCCAUGGACACAGGGUUCCCCGUCAUGGACGGGCCCUCUUCGUACCCCUGAACCAGACAGGGAGUAUACCACUGAAAAGUGAUGCUGCAAAUAGGAGUAACGACGAAGAAUUCGGCAAAGGCGCUACACAAAAACAAGACAAAAAGGCAGGCGAAGAAACGGACCUGGGUAAUUCGGCGCUUUGAAAGACACAGGGAAAGGUACUGGAAAACCGGAACAUGAGAGGCAGGUCACUUAUCCUUGCGCGAGCGAAUCUGAUUAUACAUAAUUUGCAAUUAUCUUUUUUUUUUG